UUGUUAUCUUUUGCAGCUUUUUGUGAUAAGACAUUUUAUGGUUCAUUUGGAACAAUAACAUCACCAGACUAUGACAGUAGGUCAAGUUAUGCCAAUAACCAGAAUUGCCAACUCGACAUUAAAGUUAGUUCUGGGUCUGCGGUUAAGCUGACAUGGACUACAUUUGAUGUUAAGGGUGAUAUGCCCAACUGCAAUGAUGAUUACGUGGAGAUUUACAUUGGAUGCCGCCGAAAGUCCAUUGGAAGAUAUUGCUCUGACAACAGCUACAAGCCCCAUGAUAUCUACUCACCAGAUAACUGCUUGCGUAUUAAGUUUAAAAGUGAUAGCUCUGGAAGUGGAAAAGGAUUCAAAGCCUCAUAUUCUAGAAUCUACACGUCUUCUCCGGGUAUGUACAUGUAUCUACUCCUUAACUACAUGAAAUGGUGGAAUUGAGAUAAGACAUUUGGUAAACUUGACAUCACAGAUGGUAUUCUGUCAGUACGGAAUUAAUAAUAAUAUAUCAUUCAUGACUGUACAAAAAAUGCCAAGGAUGAAAAUAAGUGGUAACUCAGAGUUUCACGUGCUAAGCGAUCAUUAGAGUAAAAGUUCUAAAAACAGAUUUCAGUUUAAAGUCGGAAAUAAAAAAUUUAUGGAUGGUUGGAGAAAAUUUAAAUUGGAGUUGUGAAGAACUUGCUUUUGUGAUGACACUUGGUAACCAGCUCUAAUAGUUUAUUUAGGAGAGAAGUACCAUUACAUGUAUGUAUGUCCUUAUGUAUUUAGUUGUAGUUGGGUUCAAAUUAACUUUUCUGGAGACCUCCUUUACCACAUUUAUAUGAUGUCAUUUACCUCAUAUGGAAUGUCAGAGCGUGCCAAAGUAAUUAUGAAAUCUUAUUUUGCAGUAGAUAUUCAGUUUGCAGAGUACUUUUUUGUGCUUGUGUAUUAAAGCCAUUUGGUUCAGGUUCUGCCAGCUGAGGAUAGCCAUAUUAAGUGACAGACUUGUAGAGAUUUGUUCAAUUUCUGAUUUAAUAUUUUAUUCACAUCAUAUUGAUUAUUUGAGUUAGAACCAUAUGAGUGAGGAAUUUUCUGUAAACAAUAAAUGUCUUAUUUAAGAGUGUCUGAUCUAGAGGGCGCCCUUUCAGGAUUGCUGCAGUUUGAGCAAAGAUGUCCCCUUCAAAUACCUCUUCUGGGUCAUUUUGGCGCACUUCAAAUUGUGCUUUGAAAGAAAAAUAAAGAAGGAAAUGUAAUUUCUCCAAGUGCAAAAUCUUCUUAAAACAAUAUUUUGGUUUAAAUUUCAUAGGAUUAAAAGCAAAGCGAGAGCCAAAAUCCAGAGAAUGACAUACAUAGAAGGCUCAAUUUUCCGAUGUUCCCGAGCACUAGUUUGAACUAAAGCCAUAGGGGGAUAGAUUAUGUAGAUCCAUGUGCUUAAUUGAGAGCCCCUCUCUUGAUGUGCGUUAAUGCAAAGUGAUGUCAAAACAAAGAAGACUUUCAGCAUUUUUUGAGCAACAACACAAAGAAGAAACUGCAGAAACGUCCACGGCAAAUGAUGAAGCUGAGCCUGAGAAUGAUAAAUCAAGUGAACUGAACUCGAAGUUGCCAAAGUGAAACUUUCAACAGAGCUGGCUAGAGAAGUACAAAUGGCUAAAUGUUUUGUUCACUUUGCCAAAAAUCAAAUCUCAAAUCAAUCUCACAUGAAUAAACUUAUUUUACUUUUCCUCUAGAUAAUGACUGUGUGUUCAAUUCACUCUUGAACAUAUUGCACUUGUUGAUAACAUAACACCCGGUACGUUAGAAUAAAAAAAAUAUAGUGACCCCCAAAAAACGAAAUGUUCCUCUGAAAAUUGUUGAGGGACACAUAGUUCCCCUAGCUGGAAAUCCUAGAUCAGACACUGUUUAAUCUCCUUUUUGGCAGGUUUGGUAAAGUGUAGGUGAAGCCCAUUAUCAGUGAAACCAGCUUCUAAAUAAUUAUGAUAAGUGCAGGCUGUAUUUACUUGUAGAAAGAAUUAGUGAGGGGUUCAGAGUCAAUCAGAAGUGGUGAAAUCGUUUGAAUCAAUAAGUUGCUCCUUUGUUGUAUCUUGCAGCUCCCGGACUCUUUAGUAUUAUGCUUUAUUUGCAGAAAGUUUAAUAUUGGUAUAUAUAGAUGAUAGGAUUCAGGGGUUUUGUGAGAUGAGGAAGACAAUAAUAGACAAGGCAAUGUUGUGACAGCGGCAUUGAUGUCCAGUUAAUACGAGUUUCUGUGAUAAACGAAGUAGAGGAAGUAGAUGUGUCUAUUGAGAAUUGUACUAUACAGUCAUGUAGCUGCUGGUUCUUGGUGAAGCAUUAUCUCAUGAUCAGUGAUGUUUAAAAACUUUUUUCCAAGGUUGUUUUUGACUAUGGAAUAUGAUGGAGGUUUUAAUUCCAUUCCAUGAAAACUACAAUGUCAUGUAUGUUCGGUCAAAUGAUUUUUAGGGGUUGUAAAAAUUUGUGGGCAAUGCAUUUGAAUGGUUAAGAAUAUAUUUAAAAUUUAUGACAUUAUUUAUUGAUUCUCUGUUUUUGAUAAAUUUAUCACUUCUCAAUUGUUUAUUAUUGAUUCAUUUCUCAUUUUCUGUAUUAUUUUUCAGGCUUUUGCUAUACAAAGUAUUUUCCUAAGACAUUGUCUUCAAAUUCUGGAAUCAUGAAUUCCAGAAAUUGGCCCCAAGGUUCUUCAUUUUAUCAAGACUGUUAUUGGAAGAUUGAAGUUGGAAACGGCAAGAGAAUUAAAAUUGCUUUCAUGGACUUUGAUCUGGACGAUGAUAUUGGAUGUGAUGAUGACAAAGUUAAAGUAAAAGGUGAGAAAAUAAAAGGACAGCUUUGUUAACAAUAACUGGUAUUUAUAAUAUUAGUUGUCUUAAAAAAAUAGGUGGCAUACUAAGGUUGCUUUAUUUUUAUCAGAUGGAGGGGAGGCAGGGUGCAAAGAAAUGAAAAUAGAAACUCAUAAGGGGUUGAAAUGUAUAACUCUCAUAUGUUUGCUUUGCCCAAUGCUCGUGAUUAUUCAUUUCGAAAGUACCAUAUUUGGAAAGAAAAGAAAAGAUGGCUGGCCUAUCAAACUUCGUAAACAACGUGACGUAAUUCCUCAAAGGACGAUUUCUUGUUUGAAAGCUUCCCUUCCUCCACAAAAAGAAAACUGAGCAUUCUUUUGAACUUUCUCUUUCUAUUUUUUGUCUUUUAACGGUAUAUUUUUAACCUUGAAAUGCAGAACUCUGGUCUUAAAACCAUCGCAUGGUGAUGGUGUGGCAGCUAUUUUGUUGAAAAUGGAUAUCCUUCACUAAGGUUUCCAAACAUGGUAAAAGUGAAUAUUCAUGGGCAUUGAACGCAAGUUACACGUUUGAACCCCUUGUGAGUUUCUGAUGUUAUACUACUACAUGAGAAAUUUCUGCAAUCUGAUUGGCUUAGAGCAGUGGUAUUUCAGCUUAAUUUGAAAUACCUACAUGUGAAAAUUACAAACCUUUUGCGGGUUGUAGUAUAAACAAAUAAUAGCAUGAUUUGUACGUGAUAUUUGGCAUAAAUACCACUCGUGGUAUUUCAAAAUUGUCUCAAAUCUCACUCGCCUAACGGCUCGUGAAAUUAAGUACAACAAUUUCAAAAUAUCACUCAUGGUAUAUAAAUCAUGCUAUUACCUAUACUAACAACAAAAUUUAAGAAAAUUCAACCCUCAAAGUUAAAAUUUUUGUUCAGUGGCCAUUUGGCGACCAACUCUUUGGAGGCGCCAAAUUAUAUCAAAAAUUGUCUUUAACAAAAGCAGGUAGCAAGUUUAACUUAACAUGCAGCACUGUUUAUAAAUUACUCAUUUAUUGUGCAAGGCAUUAUUUACUGAUAGUCUGCGAACAAGAUUUGCAGAUUCAUCUUCUUGAAUCAAUACUGAAGCGGAAUUGUAAAGACAAUUACCAUUUCCAGUUGUCUUUAGGGCCUUCAAUCCUUCUGUAUAAUCCUCAGUUGGUGUAAUAUGAGAGCGGCACUUCACUCAUCCUCUGUUAAUGUGUUCAAAACUUCCCAGUUGCAACUUGAAAGGUGAUCGAUCUACGUACCGCGUAGCCUUUGCAUUUCAGUAACGCAGUCCAAGUGACAGGGUGAUUGAUCGCCAGCUGUCGCCCGUAUUAAAAAGUUAAUUUCGGAUCCUGCAAUUUGGUGUCUAUGGAUUUGGUGUCUAUUUGCAAAUCUGUAGCAUAUGUGUAGCGGCACCCUUUGUCCGGGGGAGGGUGUGGCUACAUCUGCACAACAUAGCGCCACACUUUCUCAAAACUCAGUUCAGGCAAACAACUAACAGCAGCACUUCAAAACACGAGUUUUUGCACUCAUUACACGAUAACUUAUGAAAGCUGUUUUACAGGAAAAGUCAACACAUAUUCAUGUGAACGUACAAUGAAAGAAUACGUUCGUGGUUUGUUUACUACAGAAGUAGAAAAUUGAACAUCCAACUGUACGCAGCUGUAUUUUGUUGAGUUGAUCUGUAAUUUUGCGCUUACAGACGGAACUGGCCGCUAUUGUAAUGGAGGACUUCAUUCACUUUUCACAAGCUACAGUGGUUUAAGAUCUGUUUUCUGGACUUUUUCGUGAUCAAGAAAUGCUGCGAUAAUGACGUUACUGCAUUUGCGCAUUUAACUUAUGUAUGUACUGUGACCGAUGAAAAUGUGUCACUGGUAGCCCUAAAUCUGGAGAAAGGUUUCUUUGCCGUAGCCACGUAUUGGCAUUAAUAUUUGAUGAUUUGUGAAGUCUGGUGGUUUGAAGAAGGUUAUAGCAUCGAUAUUACCAAAUGAUUUGUGCAAAUGUUGGGAAAAAACCAGUGUGAAACUGUGACAUAUUUAUUUCAUCAUCGUUUACAGCUUGUUUACAACCUGCAGCAACCGAUUUUGUAACUGAACUUGGUCAGAUCUCUCUUCGGAACAAUUUCUUUCAUUCAGGAAUUUAAUUUUGACAUUCAAGAAUGCUAAAACUAUCCGUUUUGUUGCACAUGGUUAAAUUUUCCUAGAGACUUUCUACUCUAGAAAUUCACACAGCUGUUGUCUUUCUCUGCAAUUUGGCAUCGCUGUGAAAUGUAGGCUGCUUUCCAGCUUUGUACUUUAUAACUUCUAAAACUAUGGCAGUAGCAAAUUGUGACGCUCAGUAAUAAAAUGUGGAAACCAACACUCUUUAAUAUUAAGAAGGGCUGGGUAAGUAACUUGUUCUGUUUUUGAGCCUUUCUAAAAUCGUUGUUUCCAGAUCAAUAGCUGGUUUUGUUUAUGGCUUGUGGUGUGGAUGCCGUUUUCUAUGGGUUUACCGGUAUAAUAAACCAUAGGUUUUUGACCAAUCAGAUCGCGCGUACUUUCUCAGUUAUUUUAUAAAAAUUAUUAAUUACGUGAUUAACUUGUUAUUUUAUUUGCUAGUUUUGGAGUUCUUCAUAAAAAUCCAAAAAUAAGGCCCUCCAUGUAUAAGCCCCUCCAAAUAUAAGCCCCCCAAACCCGUAACACAAUCACAUCGCUACCACAGGAAAGUCAUUCAUUUAUCUAUUUUUGUGAUGUUUAACAAAUACCCCAAGGGGUUCCCAGCCAGCAAGGCGAACCAAAAAGUCUAUCGUGUAGUACAGUUGUGUACCUGAAUUGCGUGUGCUUCUGAAUUAAAUAAUUAUAAUGAUUGUUGUACAACUUGCAUGUGAAUUCACCUGAUUACCGUGACAUCAGACGGACCUUAAACUCAACACCAGGGCCUCCAUGGCCACUUACCAUGCAUAUUAGUUGGUACAACAUGGGCAUCCCCAGAAUGUGGACAGAUUUGGGAAAAUCCUCAUUAUACAGUUAAUAAAGUACCGUUGACCAAGAUUAGUCUGCGAGCUCCUUUUGUUGCCCACAAGUUCGGUUUGAGUUUAUUUUCUCUUGAGUUUUCCCUUGGACGGCCACGUUCUGUAAGCAAUCACUUUAUCGUGCACCAAAAGAGUGGUCCCUUACCAGAGAAAUGACUGAAUUGAGGACAGUUUAGUGAGAGGUUUUGUCUGUAGUAGCAAGUUAAUGUGAUUGCCUUUAAAUGAAUGAAUGAAUGGCGGCCAUCUUGGUUUCAAAUGUACUGAGGGGGUGGGGAGGAAACCAUAACCCUAAUCCUCCCAAACCGACCGCCGCCUCCUAAAGUACAGAUUUGACACUCAUCUAACAUGGCCACCCAUGACACAAAGCACUUGAUCUUGAUGAUAUUACAGGAAAAUAAGGGACUGUGAACAGUCUAAUGGUUUUCACAGUAACAUGAAAUUAAUAGUAGUGUUCCUCCUAUACUAUUGCAUGACAUUCUUGUGGGUGUUGUUUUUACAGGGGCGAGCAGUUCCAGGUCAUAUGAUUCAUCCACCACUGUUAGAAACUCAAUGUGUGGUUCGAAGAGUCCAUUCUCUUUUACCUCAUCAUAUGAUAGAAUCUGGAUCAGAUUUAAAUCCAACGGCUAUAAUCGAGAACGUGGUUUUGUUGCUGGUUAUGUCCUUUACAAGGACUCAAGUAGGUCCCGCACAUAUGAUAAUAAUAUCACUUUUAAUAGAGAUUCUUUGUUAGAAGAAAGGAGAACAUUCUAUCAGAUAAAAAAGGGUGACAAAUUAAUGUAAUGUUUGACAAGACCUUGAGAAUCAGUCAGGGUUGUUGUGGUUUAGUCUUGUCCUUGAUUUACAAUAAGUUGUGUACAUGUAUGAUAAUGAGUUUGACACAAAGGGAAAAUUUUAAACCAGAGAUUCAAUUCAAUCUUACCUUUAUUAUUUUAAAGGACGCAAUGUUUGAAUAACCUUACAUUAAGUAGUUUUUCUUUCCUUACUGGUUAUUGUCCCAGAGAGGGGGGGUACUGUCAUAAAUGGGCUGUAUAGGUAUGUGCCGCUGUGAAGGGUAUGGUUUUCAAGCAGUUUACUCUAGGAUAGGGUACAAGAUAAACACACACAUAGAUAGAUGACAAGCUAGAAAAAUAUAUCUGAUUACAGAGAAAUAAAUAAUUACAAAGAAAUAUCCUUUAUCACCAACAGUUUCUUGAAAGUUAUGCAGAUCUUACAGAUCCCGUCAUCAGUGACGUUAGGGACUUUAACAUCCAACAACGCGACGGCAACGAAAACGUCGCUUAAAAAGUGAAUUUGCGUUCUUUCAGUCUUUAUCGGAUUAUUCUACCCACUUACUUUGCCAAAUCAAGGCGAACCCUCCUGAAGUUCAGAAAGAGAAAUAGAAUUUCGUCGUUACUCGUUUACGUUCUCCAUAAAACGCGAAAUUAGGCAGUUUCACGUCGUAGUGGUUCAAAAACGGCAAAGAAAUGUACAAAAAAGUGUGGCACGUGCGAAGUUGUUGUGCUUAUUAAACCUCUUUUUUUUUACGUUCUCGUUUCGGUUGCCUCGUGGGAUCUUAAAGUCCCUAUUUGCUGUUAUUCACAGCUUUGUUUUGAUAAGGAUGCAAAAUAUAUAAUGAUUGUUUCAUAAAUAAAUUGGGGGAAGGUGGUAGCCCUGAUCAUUACCCGUUGCCGAUAUGAGUCAGUUAACGUGGUUCAUUUAGCUAUUACAUUUCAUGUAAUAUCAUUAUAACUUUGUCCUCUUUUAAACAGAAAGCAGCUCCACCACUAGCACUAUAACUGGCAUUGUUGUUGGGAUCAUAAUUCUGGCGGUUAUUGCUGGCUGUAUUUACUACGUGUUUGUGUAUCGACGGAGACUUGCCAUGCGUCAGGCUGCAGCAGGACAACAUGCGAUGACUACACAAGCUCAAAUGCCUCCUCCGCAAGUUGGAGUACAUUACCCACCCCCACCCUCUCAACCUGGUUAUGGACCACCGCCUCCUGCAGGAUAUGGUGCACCCCCUCCCCCUGGUACUGUACCUCCCCCAGGAUAUGCUCCGCCUUCCUACAACCAGGUUAUGACAGCACCUUACCCUCAGCAAGGUUAGUUGUUUUACAAAAUAAUAACUUGUUAAUAAUCAUUUAGUAAUUAGUUGCUUAUUUAUUAUGAAUUAAUUAACGACUAAGUGGCCUUGUUGGCAAGAACUACUGCCAGUGGAGAUUCAGUGCAGCCGAACUGUAAUUUACUUUAGUAAUGUAAUUUUACUACAUUUCCUUGCACAAGUUACGUGGCAACUGUUUCAGAAUUUCUUUGCCUAAGGACAGGUAAAGAUCAGAGGUCAGCGGGUUGUAUGCGAGACAAAAUCCUAGCAAUUUAUUUUACUCUGCAGCUACAAAGUUUUCUGUUGAAAAACGAAGCAGAUUUCAUUCAACAAAACUUCCCUUAAGUCAGUUUGUCGUCAAAAGUGAAAGGAAAGUUAAAUUUAUGGGACUACUGUUGAAGGAGCAUUUUAAAUCGAAUAAUUUCGCUAGCAACUAAAAGAAAGCUUUUCACUUAUGGAGAGUUGUGAAUUGUCAAGGAACAGAGAGGUUUAAAGGGGAAGACAAAACUUAAUAUUAGAAAUCUGCCAAUGUAUCUGUGUAUUAAAGCUAUUUUACUAGUAAUGACAGGCAUAGCAAGGAAUUUUUAGCCAAUGCUUUCCCAUCGUAUACGGUGAAUAUUCCACUCCUGAGUGUUUUUUUCUUUGCGUAGACAUUGCGUAGAGGCUUGUAAAUGUACGUGUACCCAUAGGCUCGAUUUCCCGCCGUCUCCCGGGUCCGGUCUUUGAUCCUCCCCGAAGAGAGGGAGGAUCAAAUGGGGAAUGAUUGCUGGCUCAUUUUCCCGAACAGCAGCUGGUAAUCGAGCCUAGUGUACCCAGUAUUCCUUUACAAAUAGUAGGAUCUACAGACUUUUCUAAAGUUCGUUUUGAUUGGGUCAUGGAUCAGGAGUGAAAGCGGUCUACUUUCAAGGGUUUUGCACUUAUUCGUGUGACUUUGUCGACUCUUGGGCAAGUCUGUGUGAUCUAGUAUGUUUGCUGUAUAAAAUUGAACUAACUUUUUUAGCAGCAUUUGUGCGUGAAGGGGGAAAACGUACGCAGCUAUUGUCUCUCACGUGGUACAAAACCGCCCUGCUGUAUGGCCUUCCUAAAGAACAAAUACUAAGUUGCAACGCUUGCAAAACGCUGCCGCUAGACUAGUAAUGGGUACCACUAAGUUUUCAUUUAUCACUCCCGUACUUCAGGAAUUACACUGGCUAGGGCUUUCCGCAAGUUGCUCGGCAACUUUUUGGCAACUUCUCGUAUUUCGAUCAACUUUUUUCUUUUCGAGCAACUUUUUGCUUUCUAAGCAAUUUCCUAGUAAUUCUUUAAUUCUGAGAUUUCGGAGCAGCUGUACGUGUUUAAGAGCGGAUGUCAGUAAAUAUCGACCAGAGGUCUACAAAAGUGAAAAAUCGAAAAUUCUCAAAAAACUUCACAAAGUAGCACUUGGUAAGCUAUUAACAUAAAUGUAAUUUUUACUUCGAUCCGACAAUUAUUUUCCACGUACCGGGGGGUUAUUGGUUUCGCGGCUCUCGGACCGGGUUUUCCAGGCCCGAGACCAUGUGUCGCAAAAAAAUCGUUUUAAAAUUCAAAUCCAUUGUAAUGUGAACAACAACUAACUUAUUCAGAAGAGUACUUAAUUGCACACAUUCUAGGUGGUGAUUUACUCAGUUUGAACGAAAGUGUAAUAUUUUGGAGAUUUUUCAUUAUUUUCAAUAUUUUGAACGUUUUCGUUCAAUGAAAAAAUGGCAAAUUUCAAAGCCCAAAAUGGUCGACUGGUACCUCGAUUUCAGUAACGAGUCUUAUACCACGUUAAAGAGUGUUAUCUCUUCUUUCAAAAUCUGUUUUCAAAACUACGGGCAACUUAAAAUAAAAUGUUUGAGGCCUAAAAAUACUAGUAGUACUUUUCUGAAAUUUGAGCUUUCCAGACUCAGUGGGUCGAUGCUAAAAACUCAGAAAAAUGCUAUAAGAAAUCAGUUUGAGCAACAGUGAUUUAACGUUUUCAGCUAUCAGAAACCAACACGUGUUUAUCGAGCGAUCUGAUAAAAUUUAAAGCCGUUUUCCAACAAGAAAAGCAGAGUUUAGCCAUCUUCUGCUACCAAACGCACGAGUCACGUAAGGUUGUCAAAGGGCAAAGCACAAUAUUAGGGAACUUAAGAACCACCACGAAGUUCACGACGACG